CACUUUUAGCUUAGCUCCUGCAACGCCUGGCUGGCAUGUAGCCAGGUUUCUCCAGAGAGGGCUGGCUCACCCCUUAUCCUCUCCUCCCUCUCCUUUCUUCUUUCUUUCCCAGCCCCAUGUACACUCUCUCUCCAAGUCUCCAAAGCAGCAAGAGUGACGAAAAAAGAGCGACAAAGCGGGGUAACUUUUGAGGCAACAACACCGAGGGCAACAAGUAACUUCCAAAGAUGCCAAACGUGUCGGUUUUACAGAUGGAUCACUUGGAUGUAGGAGGGAAGUGAUUUUUUUUCUUAAGGAGAAAACAGGGGGGAGAACGCGUUUUUUCCACCGUAUGAGACGUCAAAAAUCUGCCUCGAUUAACAAAGCAGGCGCCUCUGAGCCGGAGCGGAUCCCAUCGGCGUGUGAUUUCAUGUCCCCUGGUCUCUGCGGAGGGCAGUGAAGGAUGCCAGGAUGCCCUCUCUGAUCUCCCAUCUGCUUGUCAUCUGGCUGAGCGUCCACAGGCUGGUGUGGUGCACGGAGCGCUCCUCCACACCGGAGCGCUUCAAGGUGGUCUUCGCUCCUCUCAUCUGCAGGCGGAUCUGCCUGAAGGGACAGUGUCAGGAUACCUGCGAGCAGGGAAACAACACCACGCUGAUCGCGGAGAACGGCCAGGGGGCCGACACGCUGAUCGGACAGGGCUUCAGGGUCGUUGUGUGUCCCCUGACAUGUAUGAAUGGAGGGGUAUGCAGCUCGAGGAAGCACUGUCUGUGCCCGCCCGGCUUCACCGGUCGACUCUGCCAGUUUCCACUCCAGCAGACGCAACAAGCUCAGGCAGCGCGAGGCAAUAAGCAGCCCGUCUACCCCGUUUCACUGAAGCCAGAUGGCCAGAAACUAGUGGACCAGUCAGGCACAGGUCACACUCAGCUGAUGCAAACACACUCAGUUUUCACUUUGCCCUCAUCAGAAGUGCAGAUUAAUCUACGUGUUCACCACCCACUAGACACCUCCGUUGUCAUUCAGCCUCAUGAGCAGUCAGAUAAGCCUCCUCACAAGACAGGCCCACGCCCGACCCCACCCAGACACAAACCAAAGGGGCGCUGCUUCCAGGAGACCACACCCAAACAAGCUUGCAACAGCACCCCACUUCCUGUUCUAACCAAUCAGGAGGAUUGUUGUGCAAGUGUGGGAAAUUCAUGGGGACAAAACAAAUGUUACCAGUGCCCCAAACUACCAAAUCCACCGGUCAAACAGACCAUUGUGGAAGAAUAUGGCUCUACCUGUCCGCAAGGAUAUAAAAGAUUCAACAACACUCACUGUCAAGAUAUCAACGAGUGCUCCAUGCAGGGUGUGUGUCAGAAUGGGGACUGUCUGAACACACUGGGCAGCUUCAAAUGUUCCUGCAAGGCUGGUUUGGUGCUGGACAGGAAUCGAUGUGUUGAGUCUCCAGCUGAGCAGGCUCAAUGCUUCCGGAUAGUGUCCGAGGCCAGGGGCUGCGAGCACGCGCUUCUGACCCACGUCACCCAGGAGAUGUGCUGCUGCACGGUGGGCAAAGCCUGGGGCCAUAACUGUGAAAGAUGUCCUCAGGUGGGCACAGUGGCCUUCAGUAAGAUCUGCCCUGCUGGGAAAGGCUACUUUUUCCACAAUAUAAGAGAAACUGUGGUCUUCCCUCCCAUCGUUUUCCACAAGCCUUUCAAGGAGAAACCAAAAUGGACGGAGAGGCCUCCAGAGACUACAACCCCUGUGCAGCAGGUUGCCACCAGCACCAGCAGUCCUCGUGUACCAGUUGUUAAACCCACCCCUCCGACAAUCGUCCGAAUGACCCCAGGCAAUGUCCCCUUCGAAACACAGACAAAAGUCUUACCAGAGACAGAUGAAUGUAGGCUGAACAGGAACAUUUGUGGUCAUGGAGAGUGUGAGAACAACCUGAAUGGCCACAUCUGUCACUGUCACCCCGGCUAUCAUCUCAACCCGCAGAAGAACAUCUGUGAGGAUGACAAUGAAUGUGCAUCAGAGCCAUGUGGACACGGUAGAGGCUAUUGUGUCAACAUAGACGGAGGUUACAAAUGUGUCUGUCGUCAGGGCUAUAAACACAUGGUGCAACAUGGGAGACUUAAGUGCUUAGAUGUGAAUGAGUGCUCUAAGCUAGGCAUUUGUGGUGUCGGAGGUCAGUGUGUGAACCUGCCCGGGUCUUAUAAAUGUGAAUGUCACAGCGGCUUUAGGAGCAAGUUGUAUCAUUCAGCCUGUGAAGACAUAAACGAGUGUUUGAAUCCUGAAACCUGUCCCAAUGAGCAGUGUGAGAACACACCAGGCUCCUAUGAGUGUGUUCCUUGCUUGCCUGGUCAUUUGGUUCGUGCUGGAACCUGCUAUGACAUGAAUGAGUGUCUGGAGUCUGGUAUCUGCCCUAACGGGCGCUGUGAGAACCUCCCGGGUACUUACCGUUGCCUGUGCAAUGAGGGCUUCCUCCCAUCUCCUGACAGCAAAGGUUGCAGUGACAUCGAUGAGUGUGAGGACAUCAGGCUGUGUGCUUAUGGUCGCUGCAUGAACACAGAAGGCUCCUUCCACUGCCAGUGCUACCCAGGAUACCAGCGCACACAGGAAGGGAGCCACUGUGAAGAUAUCAAUGAGUGUGAGAGGUCGUCAAACUGUCAGGGGGGCCACUGCAUCAACAGUAUGGGCUCCUACCACUGUGAGUGCCAGAAUGGCUACAUGCUAGUUGGAGGCCGGAGGUGCCAAGACAUAGACGAAUGUGCCGCAGACAGAAGUCUCUGCCAACCUUACGGAUAUUGUGAGAACAGACCGGGCUCGUAUGUGUGUGUCUGCAAUCACGGUUAUGUCCUCUCAGAGGAUAAACACAGCUGUGACCCACUUCGAGUGGUGACAGAUGAGAAGAAGGAGUGCUACCUGAACCUCGAUGACACUGUGUUCUGCGAUAGUGUCCUGGCCACCAAUGUCACCAAGCAAGAGUGCUGCUGCUCCAUUGGCGUGGGCUGGGGAGAUCACUGUGAGAUCUACCCCUGCCCUGUCUCUCAGUCAGCCGAGUUCCACUUCCUGUGUCCACAUGGUCAAGGUCUCUACUAUGAAGAAAGACUCCAGUACAGCCUGCCUGCCUACCAUGAUAUCGAUGAGUGUUCUUUGUUUGCGGAAGAAAUCUGCAAGAAGGGUCGCUGUGAGAACACGAUGCCAGGCUACGAGUGCUACUGUCAGCAGGGCUUCUACUAUGACAGCAACCUGCUCGAGUGCAUUGAUGUAAAUGAAUGUCAUGAUGAGUCUCAAUGUACUAAUGGCCAGUGUGUCAACACUGAAGGAUCCUUCUACUGUAAGUGUAACCAGCCCUGGACUCCAGACUUCAACAAGAAGAAGUGUGUGAUGGCAACAGUGGCAGAUGUGAAUGAGUGUGAGGACCCAGCCAACUGUAAGAAUGGCCGCUGUGUGGACACCCCAGGGUCGUACUACUGCAUCUGCCCUCCGCCCUGGACCCUGGCCACUGACCGUAAUAGUUGUGUGACUCCUGAGGAGCAGGCCGAUGUCAAUGAGUGCCAGGACCCCUCAUACUGUAAGAAUGGGAGGUGUGAGAACACGCCCGGCUCCUUUCACUGUUUUUGCGACCCUCCCCUCACCUUCAGCGCAGCGCUAAAACAGUGCGUCUAUGACGAUCGCACUGCAGCCCACAAGGAUGUAUGUUUUCUGCAGGUUGACGAGGGCCUUCUUUGCAGCGAGCCAAGAAACCGCAUGACCUACUCAGAGUGCUGCUGUCACUACGGUCGUGGCUGGGGGCCGGAGUGCAACACCUGUCCAUCCAGAAACUCAGAGAUGUUUACCCGCCUGUGUGAGAUGCAUCUGGAGACUGAGUCUGAUGGGGAGCAGGAUUUCCGGGCAGUGUUCGCUAACUAUAACCCAGGCGACAGCUCAGAGGAGGAUUCAGAUGAAUGUAGCUGUGCAAAUGGCCACUGUGUCCGCUCCUACCUGGGAACCAUGUGUGAAUGUAACACAGGCUUUAGGCUGGACCACUCCCGCACCCGCUGUAUAGACAUUAAUGAGUGUGCAGAGCCAGGAGCUCGUGUCAGUCAGUGCAAGAACGCUCGCUGUGUGAACACUAUCGGCUCAUACAAGUGCAACUGCAAACAAGGCUUUGUGCCUACUCGCAGGCUGAACAUAUGUGUCCGUCGCAGAACUCGGUAACGUCUGUGUGUCACUGUCAUUAUCCCUAUCUUCAGUAUGUAGCGCAUACAGAUACACCCCACACACACAUUUCCACUGCACAGUACAAACAUGGGACUGUGUGUAUAUACAGUGAACCUAAAAAAGUGUGUCUCCUGUAGGGAUCCUAAUCAAUGGAUCGUAUGAAAUGUACAAAACAUCGUCUGCUCCUCUUUCAUAUGUAAAGAAAUAAUCAAUACAGAUAAUGAAUAUGUUUGUUAAUUAAAUAUUUUUGUAAUUAUUGUUUCCAGAACAUUUGUUGUUGUUGCUCUUUUUUUAAAUUUAUAUUGUGUAUUUUUGUGAUUUUUUUUUUUUUUUUCGUUCUUAAUUUGAAUCUCUGAUCUCAUGCCACCUCUUGUUUUAAUAGGGAAAUAUGUCUGUUUGGUAUUCCUGUUGCCUAAGUCAGCCAGUUCAGUAUUUGCAUACUGUAUGCCACAAGGAUCUUUAAAUAUUAUUGCAUUUUCUUUCACAUUCCCUUAAUUCCACACUCAGUAAUGUUUAGUUUGCAUUGUGUUUUGUGUUUUCUGUCUGAUUUUGUGAUUUUGAACUGUCCCCUGUCCUACUCCUGUUUUUUUAUGUAAAACAUGAGAAAACUGAAGCUUUUUCUUUUUAGUAAUUUGCCAUGUGCACCUAAGUGGACUAAACUAGAAAAGCUAGAAAAAAGGUCAUGCAUUUAUAACGGUGAAUAUAGUGGGAAUAGUUGCAAAAUGGAGCUUGCUGCCUAAAAAAUACAGAAAAGAAAGUUUGACAUCUUUUGUCACAUUUGCUGCAUCUAAAUAUUUAGGAUACCAAAGACGCUGUUGAGAUGAGAAGAAUUUAAUUAAAAAAGAAGAUGCUAACCUGCAUGUUUGUGGGAAUUAAUUCUGUUCACACAUACUUUAUGAAGGUAUUUGAUGUUAUCUUAAUCUUUUGCCCCUCAGUCAUUAUUUCAUUCUAUUUUACUAUACUAGAAAUAUCUCCCGAUUGGAAAUAACCUUUUGCUUCUUUCAUACGCAGAAUCUGUCAUGCUGCGGAUCUCGUGUAGCUUGACUACCUUGGAAGAGUGACCUGUGACCCGAAAUUGUCUUGUUUAAACCCAGAAUGUGUUGAUAAUUUAAUUAAGGCUCUGGAAUACCAGAUAAUAGUUACAAACUAAAAGCAGUACUUCAGUGGGAGCUGGGGCAAAAUGCUCAUGGAUUGGUGAAUAUGGGAUAGUAGUCCUUGAAGCCCACAGACUGCAUUAGCUACCUAAACAGCAGCACCAUAUUAUGCUGGCUUUGUGUCGCUAUAAUUCCAAGCCCAAUAACCACAAGCUAGUGUAAAAUCCAGUUUAUUAAAGUAACCAGCCAUUUCACACAACAUCAUCAACAUCUCUUUCAUACUCAAAUAAAUGUAACAUAAGUGUUCUUGAUUGAUUAAAAAAAACAUUUCAAAAUGAACGAGUUAAAGCACUGUGGUGUCUAAGAUGCUUACUAUACCAAGAGCCUUGAUUCCUAUCCAAUGUACAAUAAUUUGGAUCAAUAAAUGAGCUCUAAAUUCAGCUUAAUCAAUAAAUGAGGCUGCUGUUAACAAGAUGUAUAGCUCAACCUACAACCCGGAGUGGAGGACAGUCACAGAAAUAGACACUGGGACUACAGAGGUCGACACAGAUGAGGCUGCACUCCUACCGAGACAGACCAUGGGUCACAACUUUCACCUGUGUCUCCCUGAGCUCGGAUUUGUUCAUCAAUCAGCUCUUUUAUUGUUGCUUUCUUUCUUUGUGGUUAUUCACUUUUAGACAGUUGUGUAGUUUAUUAUAAAAUCCUUAGAUGUCAGAGUGUAUGCGUGAUUCAUAAAGCUUAGAUGGUCUAUUUUUGCUUCUUGUCAACUGAAAUGAGAUGGAAUCUGUCAGUGAGGAAGUUGCAGAUUCCUUGUAUCGUGCCUGUUCAUAUGGCGGCAUUAGAAAUGUGAGCAGAGACUAUUUCUGUUUAACUCUACUACAUUCUCAUCCACAGCUGAUAUCUGUAGUAGCUGUUAUCUGUCCCAUAAUCAGCCCCACAGUCUGCAAUUUAGCUUAGUUUUUAACUAAUCAAACUGAAAAAAAACAACCCCAAAACAAAAUUAAAACUUAAGUCAUUACAGGGCACUGAUGAUGAAGAUGUAAUGGUCUUCAUUGUUUUGAAGUAAUGUUUGUUAAUCAAAUGUCUAAAUAAUUCUCUCCUACAUAGCGUGAUCUAUUUAAUCAAUUCUUUCCUACAUUCACACUGAGGUUUGCAUAUCAAAAACAAAUAUGACCAUUUUAUAAAUUGUGUAAAAAUAAUCUGCAAGAUCUUCCACUAGAUGGAGCUGCUGGUACAUAUGUGCUGUAUUGUAUGCCUUUCAUUUACCUAAUGCGCCUGGUAGCAAAAUGGAAGAGCUAUAUUUCUGAGGUAUGUGGGAGACAUAACAUAUCCCAGAAUCCUACUGCUCCUGGGAUACGGUAAAUACAAUACAAUUUCAAACCUGUGGAGGAAAUACACUGUAGGUGUUUUAUUCACUAACAAACAGCAAAUGCUUUUUUGGGAUAAAUCUGCUUUUACAGACUGAAGUUCCUUUUUGUAAAACUAACAAGAGCCUAUUGUUUAUGGACAAAAGCUCUCUAACUCUGCAGCACUUAAAUGAUUUCCAGACAUGUACAGACAUGCUUAUGGUAUACAGGCUAUUAGUUCAUUUUAAGUCAAUAAGCAUUAUUGCCAAAUUAUUAAUAUCGUUCACUGCACUGAAAUGUGCAUAAAAGAAAAACAGUGUUUCUUACUGCUGGCUAACAUAAUGGACAUAAUAGUUUUAAGCAGUAAAAUUUCAUCUUGAUUAGACUGCAGUGGUAAUUGUUAAAUUCUAUUUUAGUAAGCGUUUUAAUUAGCUUCAGUAAUAAAGUUCAGAAGACCCAGAGGCUGGUUUUGCACAUUGGGUUUUGCUUAUGGAUGGUAGGGACCAGUAUUGUGGGAGGACAGAAAUGUGCUUACCAACAUUUGAGCAAACCCUGUGCAUCAUCUUUGGAGAGGUGAAGUCAUGCAUCAAAAUGAUGUGCCUGACUGACUGAGAGGGACUCAGGCGAUCUAACGCUCACAUUACGUGCAAGUGUCAUAUUUGCUCUGAAACACAGAGGAGGCAAAGCUGUCGGUCAGUGUGCUGAUAUUGGUGCGUUAUGGUGGCUGACUUUUGUAAAGCUGGAAAUAUAUUCACAGAUUCAAUAAGUCAUAAGAAAAACCUUUCUAAAACAAAAACAACACCUGUUCUGUUUCAUAGUAAUGUAUAUAACACGCUACAAGCUCAUUUUUAUGAAAAUGAGUUGUCCUCUUCUCCACACAAAUAACACUGGUCUCACUGUGCAGCCGCUGGGAGAUGAGUGCGCAGGGACCAUGCAGAAAUUGUAACAUUGAAAAAAGAGAGGCCUGCUACAAAAAUAUUAGGUUUUUAAAACUGCUUUAGAAAAUAGCAUGUUGUGAUGUCA